AUGACUUCUGGAUAAUCUGAAUAUUUAAAAACAUUAAAAUAUCCAACAGCUGCUCAUCCAUGCACAACCAAUACAGUUUAGAUUUAGAAAAUAGGAGAAUGUUUCUAUUAUUUGUGUUUUGACCCUUCAAAUAUAUUUUUGCUGCAAAGUUUCACAUUUUAAGAGUUAUUUACUACUACAAAAGCUUAUACUUCAAAAUCUUGGAUGAGAAGUGAAAAAAACUAUAUUAUUUUAGAUGAUUAAUUGUUUACAAAUGGAACUAUUAAUAAAAUUAGACUCUCAUUUGCAUAUACUUUAGAUAUUUAGUUAAUAAAUAUGAAAUGGAACCUAUAUCUCAUAGACGAUUACUUAACUAAAGUGUAAAAAAGCAAUUCAAUAUUUAAAGAUAUUGCAUUUGUAAAACUAAAUAAUCUAUCCAAAAGCCUUCUCAUUUCUGACGUGAUAGAUUUUCCAACAGAACUUUAAUCAACAGGAGUAAACUUGCCUUUCAUAAAUUAUCUAACUUUUUUAUAGUACCAGAACAUAAUAUUUAUUGGUUAAUAUUAGUAUAACAUAGCAUAUAUACUCUCAAAUAAUUAAGUUGAAGUGACUUAAAAUCCUUAUGUAUUUUCAUAAACGUACAAAUUACCUUACACCCAUCUUGUUAAUUAUGCUUUUUCAUAUUCUUUCACUUUUUAGGCUAUGCAAGGACCUAAUCAGUAUUUGAUAAAUAUCUACUAAGCAUAUAAUUUUUGUGUUCCUCACUGUAAAACUUGUGCAUCAAUGAUAACUUGCUCAAUUUGUUAGUCUCUAUAUUAUUUAGAUAGCUAAUUUUAAUGUGUUAAUAAUUGUCCAACCUAAUUUAUAUUAGACGAAACUAAUAAAAAAUGCAUUUGUCGUCCUAAUAGCUCUUUAAUCGACCAAAGUUGCCCCUGCAAUAAUUGA